GUGUCCCCUCUUGUAUCCUAGAAACAAUUUUUAUCAAUAUCUGAUAUCAUCUUUAGUUCAUGAGAUAUAUCCAUUAUAAAUGUUUAAAUUGUCACCCCGUAUAAAUGCAAUAAAUAAAAAAAUAAAUAUAUUGACUAUCAACAAACCCUACCAACCCCAGAAACGUUUCCCAUCCGUCACAAAAUAUUCCCAUCUUAGACUUUAAUUACCACUAACAAAGUGUUCGAAGAUCGUAUUUUAUAAAAUAGAAGAUAAACUAAUAACGCAAAUGAGAUAAGGUCUGUAAAUUGUUUACAUUCAAAACUAUAAUAACAGAAAUACAAAUCCUUUAAUCUCACAGAAAUCACGCUCGUCCGAACCAGAGAUGGCCAGAGUCCGAAUCGAUUGAAAAUUUUAUAAAUUUACCAGCAAACCGAAACAUUUUUUAGUUGCCGAAAAAUCGUGGGUUCUAGUAUUAUUCGUUUUCGUAUUAUCGUUAUUUAAUUUAUUAUUUCAUUUAGUAAUAUCAUGUGGGGAUUACUUAAGAUUCCAGUGCAAAUUUCUGCCCUCAGGCCCACGGCUUUGAGCACAAAUGCAGCUUUCUUCUCUUCAACUGCCAAGUAUUACGCAUCACAUAUUCAGACCCAAUUUGAUAAACAAGGCUUAGUUGACAGGAAAACAUCUACUUUCACUGAUAGAAGUCAAUUGAAAUAUGCCAGAAGACUGGUGGUGAAGCUAGGUAGUGCCGUUAUCACCAGAGAAGAUGAACAUGGGUUGGCUCUUGGAAGACUUGCUUCAAUCGUUGAACAGGUUGCUGAAUGUCAAAAUGAAGGCAGAGAAUGUAUUAUGGUUACAAGUGGUGCAGUAGCUUUUGGAAAGCAGAGGUUAACUCAAGAAUUGUUGAUGUCUCUGUCGAUGAGAGAGACUUUGUCGCCCACAGAUCAUACAAGAGAGGAUGCUCCAGCACUUGUCGAACCCAGAGCGGCAGCUGCUGUAGGCCAAUCUGGUCUCAUGUCUCUGUACGACGCCAUGUUUUCCCAAUACGGUGUCAAAAUCGCACAAGUAUUGGUCACAAAAGCAGACUUUUACAACGAAGAAACCCGUAGAAACUUAAUGAGUACCCUAUCAGAACUUAUAACUCUAAAUAUAGUACCAAUAAUCAACACCAACGAUGCUGUCUCGCCUCCACCCCAAAUUGACGAACCGAUUGGAGGAAGACCAGGAAAGAAGGGAAUAUCCUUAAAGGAUAAUGACAGUUUGGCUGCUAUGUUGGCUGCAGAAAUCCAGUCUGAUCUUCUUAUCUUGAUGUCUGAUGUAGAUGGUAUCUACAACAAACCACCCUGGGAAGAAGGCGCAAAAUUCUUGCACACUUUCACAUCAGAUUUAAGACACACCAUCGAAUUUGGACAGAAAUCUAAAGUUGGAACUGGUGGAAUGGAUUCUAAAGUUACUUCUGCGACUUGGGCGUUGGAUAGAGGUGUUUCCGUUGUCAUUUGCAACGGAAUGUUGGAUAAAGCAAUUAAAACUAUCCUCUCUGGAAGAAAAGUGGGAACUUUCUUCACAGAACACAGUCUUGGUGGACCGGUGCCUACAGAAACUGUAGCAGAAAAUGCUCGUAAUGGUGGUCGUAUUCUUGCAACUAUUACUCCAGAUCAACGUGCUUCAUGUGUCCACACGUUGGCCGAUCUUCUUAUAUCAAAACAAGCCGAAAUCUUGGACGCCAACCAAAAAGAUCUCACCGAAGCAACUAAAUCCGGUUUAGCCAAACCGCUUCUAUCCAGACUCUCCCUCACUCCAGCCAAGUUGAAGAACCUAGCAGUUGGUUUGAAGCAAAUUGCCGACAGCAGUCACAAUAACGUUGGACGGGUGAUAAAAAGAACCAAGCUAGCCGAUGGUUUAAUGUUGAAGCAAAUAACUGUGCCCAUCGGAGUUUUGAUGGUUAUUUUUGAAUCCAGACCUGAUUCGCUGCCACAGGUUGCCGCUUUAGCCAUUGCAUCUGGAAACGGUUUGCUACUUAAAGGUGGAAAAGAGGCUGCUCACAGUAAUAAAGCACUUAUGGCGCUUGUAACCGAAGCUUUGAAGACUGUUAGAGCUGAAACUGCAAUAUCUCUAGUUUCAACCAGAGACGAAAUUAGUGACUUAUUGUCCAUGGAACAACACAUCGACCUUAUAAUUCCACGUGGUUCUAGUGAGCUGGUUCGUAACAUUCAACAACAAAGCCAACAUAUACCAGUUAUGGGACAUGCUGAAGAAGACAAUGCAGAAACCUUCAAAAAAAUGAUCGACAGUGCCUGUGUCUUCCAUAACGCAAGCUCAAGAUUUGCAGAUGGUUUCAGAUUUGGUCUAGGAGCAGAGGUGGGUAUCAGUACUGCCAGAAUUCACGCUAGAGGACCUGUUGGAGUCGAAGGACUCUUGACGACCAAAUGGAUUCUCGAAGGAGAAGAUCACGCUGCUGCAGAUUUUGCAGAAGGCGGAAGCCGAACUUGGGUACACGAAACAUUGCCUGUAGAGUAA